GCCCGAGUGCGUGUGUGUUUGUGCCUGUGUAUAUGCUCUCCUGUCUACGCUCUGGGAUCUGAGGGAGUGGAAUGCCAUCCAGCUCUGAAGCGGAGGCUGGUGGAGAGAGAAGAGGGCCAGUGGCUGAGCAGCUAGACGGGCUCAGUAUCAGAAUAAUGUCUUCCAAGCAAGCCACCUCUCCAUUUGGCUCUGCCCCUGAUGCAGAGGAUGCUGUGAGUCAGGACCAUCUGUCCUGGGAGAAAGAGGAAAGUGCAGACCCCCUGGCCGCCCCCCAGCUGCCCCGACACAACCUGCUGCACAACAAACCUCACCCCGAGGAGCUCCAGCCAAUCAGCGGUGUCCCGCCCGAGUCCGACUGGGACAACCUGGUGUCAGCCCAGCAGCGCAUGGAAUCUGACAGCAAUAAAGUAUGUUCCCUGUACUCCUUCCGGAAUAACUCUACCUCUCCACACAAGCCUGAGGAGGGGGCCCGGGAGCGAGGUGACCUGCUGAGCAGCUCUGCAUUCGGGACACCCGAGCGCCGCAAAGGAAGCUUGGCUGACGUGGUGGACACACUGAAGCAAAAGAAACUGGAGGAGAUGACAAAGACAGAGCAGGAUGAAUCCUCCUGCAUGGAAAAACUUCUCUCGAAAGACUGGAAAGAGAAAAUGGAACGACUUAACACAAGCGAACUUCUGGGAGAAAUAAAAGCAGGUACACCUGAGAGCUUGGCAGAAAAGGAGAGGCAACUCUCCACCAUGAUAACCCAACUCAUCAGCCUAAGGGAGCAGCUCCUGGCUGCCCAUGACGAACAGAAGAAACUGGCAGCUUCACAGAUGGAAAAGCAACGCCAGCAAAUGGAGCUGGCACGCCAGCAACAAGAACAGAUUGCAAGACAACAGCAGCAACUUCUGCAGCAGCAGCACAAAAUCAAUCUCCUUCAGCAGCAGAUUCAGCAGGUCCAGGGUCACAUGCCUCCGCUCAUGAUCCCCAUUUUUCCACACGACCAGCGUACUCUGGCAGCGGCUGCCACGGCCCAGCAGGGCUUCCUUUUCCCCCCAGGAAUGUCCUACAAGCCAGGUGAUAACUACCCAGUGCAGUUCAUUCCAUCCACAAUGGCAGCUGCCGCCGCGUCAGGACUCAGCCCUCUCCAGCUCCAGCAACUGUACGCCGCCCAGCUGGCCAGCAUGCAGGUCUCUCCUGGAGCCAAGAUGCCACCACUGCCUCAACCCCCCAAUUCCAGUGGGCCCAUCUCCCCCACUGGUCUGAAGAGUGAGAAGAGAUCCUCCAGCCCUGUCACUCAAGUCAAGGAGGAGGGAACGCAGCCCCUCAACCUGUCUGCUCGGCCCAAGACAGCUGAAGGAGUCAGGUCGCCAACGUCCCCCACACAGAGCCUGUUCCCCGGCAGCAAGACCAGCCCUAACAGCAUGUCUACCAAGAGUGGCAUCCCUAGUCCACUGGGGGGUGGCUUGGGCAGGGGAUCAUCUCUAGACAUCCUCUCCAGCCUGAACUCCACAGCACUAUUUGGAGACCAGGAUGCAGUGAUGAAGGCCAUCCAAGAGGCAAGGAAGAUGAGGGAGCAGAUCCAGAGAGAGCAGCUCCAGCAUCAUCAGCAAGGCAUGGAGGCCAAACUCUCUGCCCUCAGCAGCAUGGGACUGAACAACUGUAGGGCUGACAAAGAGAGGAGUCAUUUUGAUAACCUUGGACAUCACCUCAGCAAGCUGGGCGAAGAUGGAAAGAUUGGCCACAGAGUCAUCGAUCUAACCAGACCAGAGGAUCUUGAUGGGAUUAAAGAACUGAAUGGCUCUGCAGAUAAACCACAUCAGUAUUAUUGUUGGCCAACAGGAGGCGCCAGCACUGGUGAGGCACGAGUCUACAGGGAAUCCCGGGGAAGAAACAGCAACGAGCCUCACAUCAAACGGCCCAUGAAUGCCUUCAUGGUCUGGGCCAAAGAUGAGCGCCGCAAAAUCCUCCAGGCCUUCCCAGACAUGCACAACUCCAACAUCAGCAAAAUCCUCGGCUCUCGCUGGAAGGCCAUGACCAACCAGGAGAAGCAGCCAUAUUACGAGGAGCAGGCUCGUCUGAGUAAGAUCCACCUGGAGAAGUACCCCAACUACAAGUACAAGCCACGGCCCAAGCGCACGUGUAUCAUCGAUGGAAAGAAGCUGCGCAUCGGCGAGUACAAGCAGAUGAUGCGCUCGCGGAGGCAGGAGAUGAGGCAGUUCUUCACUGUGGGGCAGCAGCCACAGACACAGAUCCCCAUCACCACCAGUGCAGGUGUGGUCUACCCUGGUGCAAUAACCAUGGCAACCACCACACCCUCCCCUCACAUGACGUCAGACGGCUCCAGCGCUUCGGCCAGUCCUGAGCCCACCAUCCCAGUCAUCCAGAGCACCUUUGGCAUGAAGAUGGAGUCCAGUGCCAUGGUAACCAAUGACCCUGUCAAUGGAGAGGAUGAGAUGGACAUGUACGAGGACUUUGAGGAUGAGCCCAAAUCGGACUACAGCAGUGAGAAUGAAGCGCAGGAGCCAGUCAGUGCCAAUUGAGACCUCUCCCCCUUGGCCAAUCUAAGUAGAAAAUAUCAUGGUACUGGAGAGAGGGCAUACUGAAGAAAGGAGAAGGAAAAACUACAGAACAAACGAGAGAGAGAGAGAGAAUAAAAAGAAAAAAAAAACUGUUUAUGAUCAUAUAUUCUUUUGGAGCCUGCAUGCAUAUGUGGCUCGCACAGAUUCAACAGCUAUUGGUCUUAAAUGUUUCUAUAAGUGUGAAGCCGUUUGAUUGUGUUUAUUUUUUGGCUUUUUUAUUAUCUUAUUGUUUUAUGUUAUGUUUUGUUCAAGGACAUUUAAACAAUUAGGGUAUUGCCUAUAAAUCUUUGGAUUACAGGACUUGAAAUGUUAAUGUUUGAUAUCUAUAGCUCUCACAGUCUUACUUUUUAUGGAUAAACAUUUUUUUUUCUUUUUAGUUGAAUGCUAAUGAAAGCUUACAUUACUGUUUUUGAUGGGGGUUCUAUUUCUCACUCAGGAAUGCUGUGCCAGCCAACAGCUUGUGAAUGUUUUUAAUCAGAAUUAUUUAAAUUAAGACAAGACAACAAGAUUUAAUUUGAAAUUUCAUACUGAGAUAAAAAAGAUCAAUCUUCACAUUUGCUGGAAUACAGAGGGAAAGC